AGAGAUGAAAUACAGCAUAAUGUACAGUUUCCAAAGUGCUGGAUACUGAAGACAAGUCAAUCCAUUCAGUGUGGAAAGUACUUCAGAAAUAGAUCACAGUUCCUUGUGCACCAAAGAAUACACAGAGGUGAGAAACCUGUUGAAUGUUCACAGCACCAGAAAACCCACACAGGGAAGAAACCUUUUGAAUGCUUAGUGUGUGGAAAGAGAUUCAGUCAGAAUGGCCAUCUUCAACAGCAUCAGAUAACUCACACAGGGGAGAAACGUUUUGAAUGCUCAGACUGUGGGAAAAAAUUUUGUUGGAGUGCUGCUCUUCAAAUGCACCAAAGAAUCCACACAGGGGAGAAACCUUUUGAAUGCUUAGCAUGUGGAAAGACAUUCCGUCAGAGUGGCACUCUUCAACGGCAUCAACAAACCCACUCAGGGGAGAAACCUUUUGAAUGCUCAGAGUGUGGAGAUAAAUUCAGGUUGAGUGGCCAUCUUCAAAAGCAUCUGAGAUGCCACAGAGGGGAGAAACCUUUUGAAUGCUCAGAAUGUGGAAAGAAAUUCAGUCAGAGUGCUGCUUUUCAACAACAUCAAAGAACCCACACAGGGGAGAAACCUUUUGAAUGCUCAGUGUGUGCAAAGAGAUUCAGUGGGAGGGGAAAUCUUCAGAAGCAUCAGAGAACCCACACAGGGGAGAAACCAUUUGAAUGUUCAGUGUGUGGAAAGAGAUUCAGUGAGAAGGGGAAUCUUCAACUGCAUCAAAGAACCCACACAGGGGAGAAACCUUUUGAAUGUUCAGUGUGUGGAAAGAGAUUCAGUCAGAGUGGCAGUCUUCAGUUGCAUCAAAGAAUUCACACAGGAGAGAAACCUUUCGAAUGCUCAGAGUGUGGAAAGAGAUUCAGUGAGAGGGGGCGUCUUAGACAGCAUGAGAGAACCCACACAGGGGAGAAACCUUUUGAAUGUUCAGUUUGUGGAAAGAGAUUCAGUAUGAAGGGGAAUCUUCAUCUACACCAAAGAACCCACACAGGAGAGAAACCUUUUGAAUGCUUGGAGUGUGGAAAGAAAUUCAGUUGGAGUACUGCUCUUCAAAUUCACCAAAGAACCCACACAGGGGAGAAACCUUUGGAAUGCUCAGAGUGUGGAAAGAGAUUCACUCAAAGUGGCACUCUUCAACGGCAUCAAAGAACUCACACGGGGGAGAAACCUUUUGAAUGCUUAGUGUGUGGAAAGAGUUUCAGUGUGAAGGGGAAGCUUCAACUGCAUCAAAGAACCCACACAGGUGAGAAACCUUUUGAGUGCUCAGAGUGUGGAAAGAGUUUCAGUCAGAGUAUCACUCUUCAAAGACAUCUAAGAACUCACACAAGGGAGAAACCUUUUGAAUGCUCAGAGUGUGGAAAGAGAUUCAGUGAGAAGGGAAGUCUUCGACAGCAUCAAAGAACUCACACAGGGGAGAAACCAUUUGAAUGCUUAGAGUGUGGAAAGACAUUCAGUACGAGUAGCAGUCUUCAACAGCAUCAGAGAACCCACACAGGGGAGAAACCUUUUGAAUGCUUAGAGUGUGGAAAAAGGUUCCGCCAGAAUAGCAAUCUUCAUCUGCAUCAAAGAACCCACACAGGUGAGAAACCUUUUAAAUGCUCAGAGUGUGGAAAGAAAUUCAGUCAGAGUUGCAGUCUUCAGGAGCAUCUAAAAACCCACACAGGCGAGAAACCUUUUGAAUGCUCAGAGUGUGGGAAAAGAUUCAGAGUGAGAGGGAAUCUUCAGAAGCAUCAGAGAAUCCACACAGGGGAGAGACCCUUUGAAUGCUCUGUGUGUGAAAAGAGAUUCAGUGAGAAUGGCACUCUUCAAAAGCAUCGGAGAACCCACACAGGGGAGAAACCUUUUGAAUGCUCAGUGUGUGGAAGGAGAUUCAGUCUAAGUGGCACUCUUCAUUUGCACCAAAGGACUCACACAGGGGAGAAACCUUUUGAAUGCUUGGAUUGUGGGAAAAAAUUCCGUUGGAGUGGCAAUCUUCAACAGCACCAGAGAACUCACACAGAGGAGAAACAUUUUUUUGCUUGA